ACCGCCAAGAUAAAAAUAUUCAGGCGUAUGUAUUUAUCUAUUCAGCUGCUAUUUUACAACAAUUAACGGCAAUCCAGGUGCAACAGUGCAACAUAAACAUAAACGUAAUCAACCUCGUAGAACGUAAUAAUAGUACGCGUUUCAAAUUUUCAUCGCUUUUAUUUCGAGGCAGCAAGAUCAACGUUGUUUCGUUGCGGGAUUUCUUAUUUUCUUUCUUUCGCAGGGUUGGGGCGUUGGGGAACAUCCCAGCAACCGCAUUAACCUUGCUGAUAAUAAGACCGAUAAGACCUAAUCCAAAGAGGCCAAUCAAAACCUUCUCGUAUGCAGUGACCGUGCACGCAGUCACAGUGGUCCUGUCGGUGGUCCUGUCGGUUCUGUCGUGAGAGAAGCAGUGCACAGGCGAAACUAAUUUGCUAGAAAACGCGGGGGAAAAAAAUGGCCGAAGCGACAGGUGACUGCGAGAAAGCUCCCUUUUGGGGCAAAAAGUUCCUAAUCUUCGUAACAGGCGCUAGCGUGGGCAUAGGAAGGGCCAUAGCGGUGAGCUUCGCCAAACAUGUAGCUCCAGGCUCGCUGAUCGUCAUCACGGGCCGAAAUACGGCUGGGCUGGAGGAGACAAAGCGCUUGGUCGGCGACCAUGGACCCGACGUGAACGUCGUCGUCGAGACCUGCGAUCACUCUCGAGCCUCUUUUCGGGACUACCAGGAACUUCUGCGACGGGCUUCGGCACAAGUUGAGAGUCCGGAGAGAGUCGUGCUCGUGCACAACGCCGGUACGACCGGAGACACUUCGCGGUACGCGGCGACGUACGACGACGAACGAGUGAUCGAUGACUACAACCACCUCAACUUGACUUCAGUCAUGACGCUGACUACUGCUUUCCUCCAACACUACCGUCCCGACUCCAAGCCAUCGCGAACGAUCAUCAAUAUCACGUCGCGUGCGGGGAUCGCGGCGAUACCUGGACUCGUUCUCUACUGUGUGGGCAAGGCAGCGAGAGACAUGUACAUGAAAGUGGUUGCUCUGGAAAACCCGUCUGUAUCCACCCUCAACUACGCUCCUGGUCCCGUAGACACCGCCAUGUUUGCGCAGCUGAAGAGAGGAACCAAGGAAUUGGAAGCGAUGCAUGACAGUACGAUCAAAGAGGGUCGACUACUGACACCAGAGAAGACAGUCGGUCGGCUCAUCGGCAUUCUCGAAGACCAGAAGUUUACGUCGGGCGACCACAUAGACUAUUACGACCCCCAGUAGGUGGUGCUGAUGUGGAGAUAAACCUGGAUUUUCUCGUGCAGAGGAGCCAAGCCACCCAUAGAAUGGUUACGGGGCAUACUGCAGCAAAAGCUUGAUGUUGCAUGUUGGAGAGCAAGUGAGAUAAUUUACCGUAUUGUGUCGAGUACUGUCUCUUCAGGGCAUUUAAAAUGUUUGGUGACCCUUGAGUACUAUAUAUGAUACAAGAGAAAAUCUGUGUACUUUUGCCAGUCACAAGCAGCAUCCGGAAAGUAGGCAAUGCUUUGCGAAAGGAAAGUAAGGUCACAAUGUUCGUGAAAUGCUCAAUUUUCAAUUAUUUCUACACACCUUAAGCUUCGACGUAAUUCUUUUCAAUGGUAAAGUAUUUGUCAUAUCGUGGCACAAUUUUUUGGAUACUACCCUCAUCACAGAAGUCUGACGCCUUAGUCUUGAGCAUGUUACGUGGUCUUGAGCCAACAUCUUUAGCAUCCACUGUGAAGACAGUUUGCGCUACUGAAGUUGCUUUGUAACAAUUUUAUGAAAUAACAAUUUCAAAACUUCAGUGUUGCAAUAUCAGAAGUUUCAAAGCGACGUUGGUUCUCCAUACAGUUUUUAUUCGCUUCCUCUGCCAAAUAUUUCGCGAGCCGAGUAAGCCUACUGCUCCUCAAUGCAUUAAAAACAUUUUCUCUCGCCCUUCAUGAAACAUUCAAACUCAAUUCGGCAUUGUUCUUUCGCUCAUUCUGUUUGGUCGAUAAAUUUUUGCAGAUCUGUCUACCAAUA